AUGGAUGAUACGUUCGUUUACGUGGCAGGUCUUGCCCUUGCAAUAACGAUUCCCAUUUUGUGUGGGUGGUAUCUAAAAUUAAACAGUCACUCCUCCUCCCGGUUGCCUCCGGGGCCCCGUGGCCUGCCAAUUCUGGGGUACAUCCCAUUUCUGGGGCCCGAUUUGCUGGGCAAGGUCUCGGCCUUGGCUCACCGCCAUGGCCCCAUCUACAAGAUGUGGCUCGGCCAAAAGCUGUGCGUCGUCAUCUCCUCCCCCACCCUGGUCAGGCAAAUCGCCCGCGACCAUGACGUCGUCUUCUCCAACCGCGACACCACUGCAGCGGCAAAGGCCCUCAGCCACGGCGGGGACGGCUUCGCCCACGCGCCCUACACCCAGGAGUGGCGCGUGCUCCGGAAGAUAUUCGUGCGCGAUAUGCAGAGCAACAAAGGCAUGCAGGCGUCGGCCCGCCUGCGGACCGAGGAGUGCCGGAAGGCCGUCAGAUACGUCUACGCCAGGAAGGGGGAGCCCGUCGACGUCGGGGACCUGGCCUUUACAACGGAGCUCAGCCUCACCAUGAACAUCCUAAGGUCAGUGCGCUGCUGA